AUGGGUUUCGACCUGGAGAAGAGUGCAAGGACGAGCUGCGAGAGAUGCAUCCCGAAGAGUUGUUGUCCGUAUGGUGGGUGUUGUGGGGCUCCGUCAUUGGCAACUACUGGAUUGAGGUCUCCUAUUGCCCGAUCGCUUUUGCUGGCUCCAUCCAGGGAAGUGGUGCACGGUGCUAGAGUGGGGGAGAUUGCUCUUGUGCAACCAGUCGCUGAGCAACAUUAUCGCAGUGAAAGUUGCCUCUGCAUAGCAUUGCAUGCUAUACCGCAUAACAUGCUAGUGACUGAUGUUCUGAGUAACUUCAGAGGGCGCCACCUUUUUAUCCCUGAUGCGAAAGCCGUCAUCGCAAAUGUGGAGCAGUUUUUGGCAAAACUGAAAGAACAUCUCGGGGCCACAGCACGUGAAACCGUUCGAAUCACAGAAAUAACUGCCACGGCAUGCGUGUGA